CAGGCGACCAAGAUCCCAUCGAAUGGAUCAAAAUUCACUACGCAGCACCACCGCCACUGGAUUUGAUUCUCACCCGCGCCAUGAUGAGCCAGUAUCAGCGCGCCUUCAGCUUCAUCAUGAAAGUCCUACGAUGCAAGCACGAAGUCGACAAUCUCCUCCACCGUGUUCGCGAUCUGCGCCAUCGAGCCGAUCCUGCUGCCCGUGAUCUGACGACCAAAUUGCUGCGGCUGCGACACGAGGCCAUGGUGUUUUCCAACGGUCUGCUGCGAUAUGUCAUGGAAGUUGGUGUGGAAGUACCAUGGGCGCAGUUUGCAAGCAAGCUUGGAGCGAUCAAGAUGAGCUCGAUGGCAGCGGCCCAGGGCAAGUCCCAUCCCGACAGCCCUGCGGCCAAAGCUGUCCAAGGACUGCGCGACCUGUAUCAGCUUCACGAAGACUAUAUCGCGGAUAUCCACUGGAGACUGUUCCUGGCAGAGCGACAGAAGCCGAUCUUGACCCUGAUCGAGUCGCUGCUGGACUGUGUGCAUGCCCUCGCGCGCGAGUGCGAAGCUCAGACAACGCACAACCAGAUCCAGAACUGGCACGACGAGUUCCAGACCCGAAUGCGGAUGAUGGUGGGCAUUCUCAAGAAAAUGGGUGCCCGAGCCUCGUCCAGGGAGAGCGAGUGUUUUGUGAUCCUAAAGACAUAUUUGGACUGCAACCAGUUUUGGGGAUAGCAUCUUGUGGACAUGAACGGCAUAAUACAGUACUGCCUUGAAUUGCCCACACGCUAUCUUGACUUACCCCACACUGCUACGAAAAAUCAUGAUUGCAAACUCAUGUAACGGUGCGCGGAACAACGUGAAUAUCCAUGGGUACGGACGCAGGCGACGGCUG